AUGAAGUGGCUCGUGCUGUUGGCCCUUGUUGGGCUUUCUGAGUCUCUGUUCAGGGUGCAGCUGGAAAAAUUUAAGCCUGUCAGGAUGGUUCUUGAGGAGCAGGGUUUGCUGGAUGACUUCUUGGAGAAAAACCCCUACAAUCCAUACUCUAAAUACCAGAUCUUUGCCCAGACUGUCAACGAACCCAUGAUUAACUACCUGGAUAUGGAGUACUAUGGCAUUGCUUCCAUCGGAACUCCUCCCCAGUCCUUUAAGAUGCUCUUCGACACGGGGUCUUCCAACCUGUGGGUGGCCUCUGUGUACUGCAACAGCUACGCCUGCACCAAUCACAAGAAAUACGAUCCCUCUCUCUCCUCCACCUAUGUGGCCACCAACCAGUACAUGUCCAUUCAGUAUGGCACAGGCAGCAUGACAGGCUUCCUAGCCUAUGACACUGUCAAUGUUGCAGGCAUAAAUGUCCCCAAGCAGAUUUUCGCACUGAGCACGACAGAGCCAGGCAACUUCCUGCACUAUGCCCCCUUUGAUGGCAUUCUGGGGCUGGCCUUCCCAUCCCUUUCUUCUGGCGGUGCCACGCCCGUCUUCGACAAUAUGAUGAAGCAGGGCCUGGUGUCCCAGGAUCUCUUCUCUGUGUACCUGAGCCGUGAAGGGUCGACUGGCAGUAUGGUGACCUUUGGUGGCAUUGACCAAUCCCUUUUCACCGGCUCCAUCAACUGGGUGCCCCUCACCUCAGAGACUUACUGGCAGAUCAAAAUUGACUACUUGAAGUUCAAUGGGGAGGUAGUGGCCUGUGCCCAGGGUUGCUCUGCUUUUGUGGACACAGGAACCUCCCUCCUCGUUGGUCCUUAUGAGGGCAUGACCAGCGUUGAGAGAGCCAUCUACCCUCUGAUCAACUGCGACAACAUUGCUAGCAUGCCAGACCUUAUCAUUAGCAUCAACGGUGUUGAGUACCCUGUCCCUGCAUCUGCCUACCUUCGUAACUGCCACAUGGGCCUCCAAGCCAUAAACUUUCCCUCCAGCAGCGGGAACCUGUGGAUUUUGGGUGAUGUCUUCCUUCGGGAGUACUACUCCAUCUACGACAGGGCCAACAACAUGGUGGGGCUGGCCAAGGCCGUCUAG